AUGAGUUCACCCAAUUUUAAUCAGGAAACCGAUCGCAAACUAAAUGAAAUUUUUAAUUCAAUUAAAUUAGAAAAUGUAAAAACUUAAGAAGCACUCAAAAAUAUUUCAUUUACAAACAAUUUGAUUGCUUAAGUGAGGCAUUGUUAAUCAUUAACCUUACUCUUUCAAAAUGUCCAAAAUCUCAGUUAAGCUCAUAAAGAGUUCAAAGAAAUUAAAAUUAAUAAUCUAUCCAUUAAGCUUAAUAGUGAUGUAGUUAUAUAUACAAAAGAAGAUGGUCAUUGCAUUGCUAAAACUACUUAAAUUAUAGGAGUUGUCAGAUUUAAACAAUACACACCUAUCAUUAAAGUUUAAUGGUAUUAUAACAAAAAAGACUUAAAAUAAAUUAUAGGAAAAUAUUAUGAUUGCAUAAGUUAAAGGGAAUUAUUUCUAUCUGAUUAAUAUGAUUAUAUCUAACCAGAUACUAUAGUUGGUGAAGCUUAAGUAUUGGAGCUAAAAGAAUUUGAACAGAAAAAUCUAUCUAAUGGUUUCAUAUUUUUUUGUAGGUACACUUCAAAUUAUACUUUACAGAUCAUUUUAUAAAAAUGAACAAAUCCAUCCACCUAUUUAAAAUUGGGAGAAAAAUUGUAAAUGUAGAUAACCAAUGAAUCCUGAUAGGAAAUAUGUAAUGUGUGAUGUUUGUUAGUUAUGGUAUCAUAAAGAAUGUAUCAUUUUUAAUAAAAAUGUAUAAAAGAUAUAUGUGUGUCCUUAAUGUAGAAAAUAAAAAUGA